CCAGCCAUGCCUCGAACCUCAAAAUCGUCCACAAAAUCAAGACAUAACCCUUUGAUUGCUCAAAUCGGAGAAGAUGAACUAUUAGCAAAGUAUGGACAUGUCUCGCAGCCUGGUAGGCGGGAAAAGUCGAGACAAUUCAAAGACAACAGUGAGGAUGAAGAGGUCAUACUGGAUCCGAAAUCAUCAAUGCGCAUCUUAGAGCUCGCAAGAGAUCAACAAAAAGAACUUGGUGAUGACACAAGUGAAGAUGAGGAAGACGAAACACCUGAGGAACAGAUACGAGCCGGAAUCAUGGACGAGGACGAAGUCGAGGAAUAUGAUGAAAAAAUGGAAGAGGUUGAAGAAGUAGAAUUCGAUAUCGACGCGGGUGAUCUUCAAAUAUUGGAUCAACUACUUCCUCCAAACUCUGGUGAACGAAGGACUCUUGCAGAUAUAAUAUUUGCCAAAAUAGACGAACAUGAAGCCGCGAACGCAGCAGCAAUAAAGAAAGUGCCACAAGAUAAAUCGGCGCCUGAUCCUGCCCUAGGACUUGACCCUAGAGUUGUCGAUGUUUAUAACAAAGUUGGUGUGCUUCUUCGCGGCUACAGAUCCGGUCCUCUUCCGAUACCAUUCAAAGUCAUACCCACUCUUCCUGCAUGGGCCCGUAUUCUUGCCUUGACUCAACCAGAGAAUUGGUCACCACAUGCAGCACGAGCUGCGACAAGGAUAUUCGUGUCUACCAUGAAGCCUUCACAAGCUCAACUCUUUCUCAGCGUCGUGCUCUUGGACGCGAUUCGUGAGGAUAUACGGGAGAAUAAAAAACUGAAUGUUCAGUAUUAUGAGGCACUGAAAAAAGCCUUGUACAAACCCGGCGCAUUCUUUAAAGGGAUUGUAUUUCCAUUGCUUGAGCAAGGAUGUACACUAAAAGAAGCAGCCAUAGUUGCUUCUGUUUUGGCUCGGACGAGAGUUCCAGUGUUACAUGCCUCAGCAGCACUUUUGCGGAUCGCGGAAAUGGACUAUUCUGGUCCAAAUUCCCUGUUCAUUCGGGUGCUCCUCGACAAAAAGCACGCACUACCCUACAAAGUCAUUGAUGCUCUCGUAUUCCACUUCAUCCGCCUUUCAAAUACUUAUAAGGCACGAAAACGCGGAGACGCAGAAUGUCUUCCGGUAUUAUGGCACCAAAGUCUUCUUGUUUUUUCCCAGAGGUACGCGUCAGAUCUCACUCCCGACCAAAAAGAUGCGCUAUUAGAUGUUUUGAGAGCGACGCCUCAUGGCCAGAUUGGGCCAGAAAUUAGAAGGGAGUUAGUAAAUUCUGUGGUGAGAGGGCAGCCUCGUCCUGACGAGGAUGUGGAGAUGUCAUGAUUAGGCUCUUUUCGACGUGCCAUGUACCCCACGCAUCCAUCUAUGUAGCCCCUAAUUCUGACUUGUUUUUGCACGAAUUCCG